AGCAGAAAAGAUACCCGCGGUCUCUGUGUCCUGUCGCAGAUCCAGCUGAGUCUGGUAGGUAGAUCAAACCCCCAACUGCUUCUCUCGAGCGGAAGACCCUGAGAGAAACUUCCCCUCCCGCCUUCGAAGUCUGAAACCUUCGCUUCCUUAUGCCCUGCCAUGGCCGCGGCCUCCGGCCCUAUAUCCCACAUGUGACGUCUCCGAUCCGCCAUGGCGAAUUACUUGGCUCAGUUCCAGACCAUUAAGAGCUCCUGCGACCGCUUAAUCAUUGCGGUGGAAGAUGUGAGUGAUCUCUGGCCGAGUGUUAAGGAGGGAUUUGAAGAACGCUUGCCUCUAAAGAAGGCUCUUCUUAGUAACAAAACUCGAAAUAUUGUCAAUGUGGAGAAUCUACAUGCAGAGUUUAUAUUGACAACUGAUUCAAGGCUACGCAGCCGUUUUUCACAGGAACUGUCUGUUUUCUGGUUCCGAGAACCAUAUGCAACUGUUGUUCUUGUUACUUGUGAGGAUCUUGAUGAGUUCAAGACAAUUUUAAAGCCACGGCUAAAACUAAUCGUCCAAAAUGAUGAGCGGGAGUGGUUUAUUGUAUUUGUGUCAAGAGCUCAUCCCAACAAUGAUCAAGCAACUAAGAUGGCUAAAAAAAUAUAUGCUAGACUUCAGGCUGAUUUCAGUUCAAAAAAGAGGGAGAGGUGCUGUAAACUGGAUUUGCAAGGACCUGAUCCAAAUUUUUGGGAAGAUUUGGAUUCUAAAAUAGUUGAAUCUAUUCGAAAUUCAUUAGAUCGACGUGUUCAAUUUUAUGAGGAGGAAAUUCGCAAGCUCACUGAACAACGUUUCAUGCCCGUUUGGAGUUUCUGUAACUUCUUUAUUUUAAAGGAAAGCCUGGCCUUCAUGUUUGAGAUGGCCCACCUUCUUGAGGAUGCCUUGUGUGAAUAUGAUGAACUAGAACUUUGCUAUUUAGAAACAGUACAUACUUCCAAACAGAGAGAUUUUGGAGGUUUAGAGCGUGGAGAUGAUCAGGCUGCUCUGUUGAAUCCUGGAUUUAAACCCUUAACUCAAGUUGUCCAGGAUGACUCAUUUAGAGAAUUUGAAUUUAGACAAUAUCUGUUCGCGUGCCAAUCAAAGCUUUUAUUCAAAUUAUUUCGUGCUGUUGAGGUUGCUUCCAGGGGUUAUUCAUUUAUAAUCAGUUUUUCAAAGACUCUAGCCUUGUAUGAAAAUUUGUUACCAUUUUGCUUUCGAGAAGUAUGGGUGAUAAGUGCUUGUUUGGCCCUCAUCAAAUCAACUUCUUAUCAUUUUGUUGACUCACAUGCAUCAGCAGAUGGGAAGGAGUUUUUUCGUCUCCAGGGCGACCUUUAUUCUCUCUGCAGGGUGAAGUUUAUGAGGCUUGCAUAUUUGAUUGGUUAUGGAGUGGAAAUGGAAAGAAGCCCAGUAAACAGUGCAUCGUUAAGCAUGCUCCCCUGGCCCAAGCCUGCAGUGUGGCCACUUGUUCCCCCUGAUGCCUCAGCUGAUAUUCUUGAGAAGGAAAAGAUGAUUCACCAAUCAAGUUCCAGAGUGAAGCACUUCAACAUAGAGAGAAAACCAUUGCCUCUGGAACCGUCUUUACUGCUGAGGGAGGCUAACAGAAGGAGAGCUUCUCUUUCUGUGGGUAAUGCGGUCGAAUUAUUUGAUGGUCGCUGGGUUCCUGCUCUGCUGAUGGUCCAGGAUUGGAUGGGCAUUUACAGUUCUCUCCAUCCAGUAAAGUUCAUGCAAGCCUUAUGUCACGAACCUAUUCUGGUCCAGCAAACUCUGAGAGCUCAUCUUUAUCAUUUGACCGUCCUAUGAGACUAUGGGAAAUCCAUGUUGCAGCUGAACAUGCAUUGAAGCGUACAAUUUCUGAUCCCAAUUUAUUGAAAUCGAUAUCAUCAUUACCAGAUUUUGAG